UCGGAUGUAAACAUUGACAUUUGUUUCCUCUCGGCUUCCGGUAAAGCUGAGGCAACUAGAUUUCUUCAGAAAUUAUUUUAUUCGCUGACAGACCAACAAAAGACGGUGGGACAGGGGAAAGGUCGUAUAUUUUAAAAAGUGAAGGCAAGUACAAGCAUUUAUCACUGAAAUGAAUGGUAGUGAAGAACAAGUCUUAUGGAAGGCUGAGAAUUUUUGUCAACCCCCUCCACAGCUAGCAUUUGCAGUGAUUGUCUUGAAUGAGUCUAUCGACUCCUCAGAUUUCCAGUUUGUGUAUCAUCUGUGGCAGAAAGCUCAUGUUCGCAUGUGUGUAGAUGGGGGUACCAACCUGUACCAUUACCUAAUAAGAAAUGGUCCUCAGGUGACUAGCACUACCAACUCAGAUCCACCAAAGUGUCCUCUACCAGAUCUGAUAACAGGAGAUUUUGAUUCCAUAGAGCCAGAGGUGCUGAAACUUUAUCAGAAUGAAAAUGUUACUGUUAUCCACACGCCUGACCAAGAUGAAACCGAUUUCACAAAGGCAGUCAGAGUGUUGGGGAAGUACAUUUUAGAAAGAAACUUGAUGAUUGAUCAAGUGUUGGUUAUUGCUGGGGUUCAUAGUGAGAGAUUUGAUCACAUUAUGGCCAAUUUAGCCACACUUUUUAAGGUGGACGAGUUGAUUUCUGUGCCAGUCAUCAUGUUGUGUAAAGGAAGCCUAAUAUGGCUUCUGAGUCCUGGCAACCACAGAAUAGAGGUUGCUAAGGAUGUGAUUCUGAACUCACAGAGAGCAUGGUGUGGCCUGAUACCCCUUGGCCAUCCAACUGUUGUCACAACUUUGGGUUUGAAGUGGAAUCUGGAUAAUCAGGAACUGAGUUUCGGCUCAUUGGUAAGCACCUCAAACACCUAUGACCCCAAGUGCAGCAGUGUCAGUAUCAGAACAUCACACCCUCUGAUUUGGACGAUGGGUAUUGAGACUAACCCAGAACUGGUAUCGUCCCACUUUUCAAAAAAAAACUGCAUUAAUGGUGAUGCUCUGCAGGGUGUGGAUAAUGAUCAAGUUUGCCAAAACCUGGAAAAUGAAAGCCGGUGAUUUUCUCUGUUACAGAAAGUUAGAUUGGUUGAAUUUUAUGGAUUUUACUUUGAUUUAACAUAGGUAUUGUUAAAUAAUAAUUGAUAUUUUAACAUUAUGACCAAGUGCUUUGUAAAUUAUAUGCAUUUUAUGAAUGCAUUUGUGGAUUUCCCAAGUCCAUUUUUGGGAUAAUUUUGCACCGGAUCACAAAGGAGCUGUAUAAUACAUGCCAUUUGAUAAAAAUAUAAAUACAUACAUGCAUUCAUAUCUGGUGAUAACAUAGAAUAAAAAACCCUUGCAUCUGUCAGGAAACUUGGUUGUGUUUUAACAGGAGUUUAUUGUAUAAGUAUGGUUAUGGUUUCAUUAGACAAAUGCUUUUCAUAAAAUGUCUGUAAACUACUCUAACUCAGAUGCAGUUUUAUUUAGAAACUCAGUGAUAUUCUCUAGUACUCCAUUUAUUUGUUAUAUGCAUGGAACAUUUAGUACAAAAAGAUUACUUAGAAAUAAUAGAAACCAUUUUUUUAAGCUACCAGAAGUAUUUUGAUUUAUUUAGUAAUUGUCAUAUUGUUUGUUAGGAAAUUGAUUUCCUAACAAACUAGAGCUAGAAUACUUAGAAAUUAUAUAGAUCUGGGGUCAGCUUUGUCUACGGGAAGCAGGUCUGGUUGGCUAAUCACUCGUGUCAUAUGGCUGGUAGUUAUCUCAUAGCACCUAAUGUUCACACACUCUUGAUUGACUUUAACUAUUGUAUGUAUUAUUGAGACAUGCUAUUGCUUAACCUGCUGAUGUCAGGAUGGCAUCGAUGAAUUCCCUGUUCACCAUGAUUUUGGUUUAUUGAUUUUGUUUAUACAAAUGGCCCCACAACUGCUUAGUCACACAGUACUAGGGAUACCUAUCUCACCUGUUUACCUUAUUCUUUGAAUUUUAGAUUUUUUUUCAAUUUUCAUUAUUAUUGGUAUGUAUUGUGAUAUUAUGAUAAUUAUAAUGGCAAUACUAAUAAUAGUAUUACAAAGAAAAACUAUACAUCAGGUAGUCCUAGUAAUUGAAUCCUUGGUGACUAAGAGUUUGUGAAGUGUAUGUAUCAAGGACCUGUGGGUUUGACAAGGUAAACAGACAUAACAUGGUCCUAAUGUUCAUGUAUGUAUGAGUGCGUGUGUGUGCCACAUAUAUGUAAAC